AUUAAAAAUGUUCAAAAAAUUGGUGAAUCAUAAUAUAAUCAACUACGAUGGGCAAUACGUUUGUCAUUUAUGCAUGUGUGUAAAAGCUAGCCUUGAAGAUAUUUUGUAUCAUAUUAAUGGAGAGGAACAUAUGAUAGCAAGGUGCAGUCGGAUAUUGAAAAUGUUCAAGCAGUAUAACAUUACAAAAACAUAUCAAGAGAUUGUAAAUAAGAGUACAACUGCAUACAUAAUUGCAGUGUAUGGUUUCAUAUGCAUACCUUGCCGAAGAAGUUUUAAAGGUUUACUUAAUAUUUUGCAACAUAUUGAAAGUGAAAGACAUACCCAAAAGUUACAGAACAAUAUUAUAAAUUUUGAUCAAAUAAAAAAUUCAAUAAUAACGCUUAUAAGUGAUGUACAUAAAUUUAUAUGUAAAUUAGAAGUAGAUGAAACAAAUAUGUUUGACAUGAAAUUAUUAUUGCAAAAUUUAAUUGCAUACAAAGCAUAUGAUUCCUAUAUUAAUAAUGAGUAUAACAAAUAUAUAUCUUACAAAAAUUUUAAGAGAUUUCAUAAUAAUUAUUAUGAAAUCUUUGUAAAUAAUAAAGUAAUUAUAUCUGAAUAUUAUAUAUUUAACCAUAUUAUUUCUGAUAAAGAAGAAUAUAUAUGUGACUUGUGCACGUGUCCUUUGUCUUCUUUUAAUCAUAUUUUGCUACAUAUUAAAGAAAAAAGCCAUAGGUUAUUACAAGCUCUAACCAUAAAAGAACAUAAUGAAAUGAAUAAUGAAAGAAAGAAAAAAUUAAAUUGUGAUGAAAUACAAUAUACAGUUUCAAAUACAAGAAAGUGCAAAAUUUGCUCUUCAAUUUCAUGCAAUAAAGAUUGCUUAGAAUUGGUAAAACAAAAACUGCUAGACAAUAGAGUUAAAAAUUUGGAACUUAAUAUCUUUUUAUGUACAGUAUGUAAUCGUCAAAUGAUUUCAUUACAUAAUAUUUUCUUACAUACCAAAGGAAAAUCUCACAAGAACUUAUUUACAAAUCAAAAUGCAAAUUUAAAUACUUAUAAAAAUGGUACAAAUACAAAUACAAGCUCAAAUAAUACAAUAUGUACAGGUAUAAAUGAAAAUCAUAGCUCAAUUAAUGAUAUUUAUAAUGUAGGUAUAAAUAAAAGUGAUAGUGAGCAGUUUAAUAUUAAUAAUAUUGAUACAUUAACAGUAAAACUGAAUAAACUACCUAUUGAUAAUGAUCAAUGUGAUUCUGUUAUAACCGAAGAAGUAUGUGUGCAAAUUAUAAACAUUCUGCGUGACAAACAAAACUCAAUCAUAUGCAAACCAAAAGAAAAAUCUCUAAAAAUAUCAGAACGUUUAAAUAAACUGUAUACUAAAAAAUAUUUGAAAAUAGAAGAAAAAAUGUAUACUGUUCAAGAAAAAUUGAACAAUAUUAAAAUAAAUUUAAGAUUAAUUAUACCACAUGAUAGUACACACUUCUAUUGUUUAGCCUGUAAUAAAAAAGUUCUAAAAGAAUUAUAUCUUGUAUAUGAACACGUAUGCCUACAAGAACAUAAAAUGGAAGUUAAUCAAAUUAAGAAGGAUAUGAACUUUGAUAAACUAUCAGGUCAAUAUAUGAAGAAAAUAUCAAAAUAUGAAGUAAAAUGUUAUCCUUGUGAAAAUUUUGUUAAAAAUGAUACAUCUUACUUUAUGUCACAUAUUGAAAAAGAAUGUCACAGAAAAAAAUGUCACGAAUUUACCAAAGUUAUAGAUGCCAUUUUUGAUACUAUAUCACAAGAAGUUAAUAAUUUGUGGUAUAGUAUUCAGAAAUUUUGUUGUGCUUUAUGUUCAGAACGAUUUAAUUACAAAAUUGAAUUUGUAAAACAUAUCAAUAAACAACACAGUCCACUUUUAGAAGAUCAAGUAUUUGACUUUUGUAUUCCAUGUACUGUGUUAUGGUUGGGAAAGGAAGACUGUUAUACAAAGCAUUGUAAUGAUGAGUUACACAAAUAUUUAUUAAGAAGUAAAGAUUUUAUGGUUGAGGAUCUUCCUGAUAAUAUAAAAGAAAUUUUAAUGCAAGUUGAUAAAGUUUCUAAUGUUUUAUUCCAACAAUCACAAGAUUUAUCAAAUGACAAUGUUUUACAGGAAAUAACACAAUCUUUACAAAAUAGUUUGAAAUCUGAUUAUCCAACUAUUAAAGCAUUUGCAUUUGGCUCAAGGGUUGCUGGACUUGCAUUGCUAAAUAGUGACGUAGAUAUAUAUCUUGACUGUAGUAACACAUACAAUCAAGAAAUCAGGGAUGAUAAACUAGCAAAAUCUUAUCUUAGAACUAUUAAAGAAAGAUUACGUGAAGAUGAAUGGGAGAUAAAGGAAAUGGUGGAAGAAACGAGAACUCCUAUAAUAAAAUUAAUAUAUAAACGAAAUGGUUUACACUGUGAUAUUUGUACUACACACGGUCUUUCUGUUGAGAAUUCUAAACUAAUAAGAUCUUUCAAUGAUGCAUAUUUACCCUGUAGAAAGUUAAUAUUAUUUGUAAAAAAAUGGUUAUCUAAUUUUAAUUUACCUGGAAGACAUGGUUUAAUAAAUUAUGCCCUUAGUUGGCUUGUUAUAUUCUACUUACAAACAGAAUCUUAUUUUCCAAGUGUUGCCGAAUUAAUAGAAGAGAAAAAUAAUUCUAAACUUAUAUCCGGGUGGGAAACUGGUGUUGCCCAACCAAAAGUUAAUAAUAAAUCAAAGCAACCUAUUUCUACAUUAUUACUGGGUUUUUUUAAAUUUUAUGCAAAUUUUGAUUAUCAACAUUACAUUAUUUGUCCACUUAUGGGUCAAUGUGUAGCUAAAAAAGAUUUUACAGACAUAAAAAUGUUACCAGAAGAAAUGAAACCUUACAUUAACUAUCUAGAAACCUCACAAGAACCAGAAUAUUUUCGAAUUGAUUCUCCAUUGUGUGUGCAAGAUCCUUUUGAUUUGUCUCAUAAUUUAACAAAAGCUGUAACAAGUAUUACCUUAAAGUACUUCAAACAAUAUUGUAACGAUAGUUCAUCUUUCUUACUUUCUUUGACAAAAUAAUUUUAUCGAUAGCAUGUACUAUAAUUUUAUGAUUGACAAAAUUAAACUACCUCUAUCAAUGAAUUAAACGAAAAUUUUUCAGCGAAACAGUAUUAAAAAAGUUUGACAUAAGAAGUUAAUAUAGUAUUAUUGAGAUAUAUUUUUUUUACACACAAUAAUCCAUUAUUGAUAUAUAUUAUAGAUGACUGUACAUGAUGACUGUACAUUUUAUUUUAAUAUUUCUUUUAAAAUGCUAUAAUUGUUAACAAUCUUUCAAGAAAUUUGAUACUUUGAUGUAUUAUUUAAUUAUAUUGUAUUAUCAAUUAUUAUCUAUUGUAUUACCACUUACUAUUUUUUAUAACAUUGUAUGUUCAGUAUAUAUAUGAACAUUAUUUUUAUCUCGCGAACGAUCAAUUUUGUGAUCUAAUUUUAUGAAAAAAUAUUUACUUUGGUUUUUUAUCAACUUUACUUAUAUGAUUUUUGGAAUGUAAAACUUAAACUAUUAUUAUUAAAAUAAUCAUGUAUUUUAUUUUGGUCCAUUAAAAUUAUUCUACAAGGUAAUUGUAGCUUUUGUGUUGUUAUAUUUUAAUUAUGUAUUACAAGCAUUUGUGUUUCACUCUUUUGAAUUUUUAUCACAUUCACUUCCUAUGAUGUCUUGUUUCCAUAUAUAUUCUAUACUAUAUCCAUUUUUAGGUAUGCAUGAUCUUAUACAAGUAAAUAUUACUAAAAUUCCCCAAUCAAUACAUUUUAGUGGAUUUUCAAGUUCUAAGAAGUUCAAUAAUUGAGGCAUAAUCUAUAACAAACAAUCUUAUUAGUUACAUAUGCAACUUUUAUUUACAAAACGUUUUUUAUGUUACCUGAAAUUCAAACUGCCUCUCUCCAUUGCAUUCUGAACACCUUGGUAUUUCAUCAAUUUUACUCUCUCCUGAAAUGUAUAAAAUAUUGCCACCUCUAUCGUAUCUGCAAACAUGUAAAAUUUUUUAUAUUUAAUACUCUUCUUUUUUUUUCAAAAAACUUUCAAAAACUUUCAAGCAAGGAAAACAAUAUAAAAAAAUUUGAACCUUAAUAUUUGAUUUGGAUAUUUAUCAAUAGUUGAAAGGAAUUUGGAAAAUACUUUGUCUUCUUUCUGAUUAACCAUAUUUAACAAUUCAUUUUGUAUAUCUUCAUUUUGAAAACUUCCUGCUUCACCUUUCUGUACCAUUGCUUCAUACUUUUUAAUCUCUUCUUCUUCUUUGAUUAAAUCUGUAUUAUUUGCAUCUUCUUUGUCUUCCAUUUCUAUUACUAUUUCAUAUUCGGUUAACAAGAUUUCAGGCUUUUUUAUUACUGUUUUAUUACUGCUGCAAGUUUCUUUAUGUCCAUGCUUCCAGUCAUAUAUUUGAUGAGCACGACAACAAUAAUUAACAAUCUUACAUUUAGAACAAUGACUGGGUGCUAAUAUUCCACAGAUGUGACAUGUUUUUACCCACUUGUUUACGCCUAAAAUUAUUCACGUUGUUUCUUUACUGUUAUAGAUCAUUUAAAAAACAAAAAAAUUAUCUAUUUUUAAUGAUACAUACUAAUAUCAGUCCUCCAGUCAUUCUGUUCUACAGGAGGUUCGCUUGAAUAAAAUUCAUUUAUCCUCGGUAGUUGAGAACGAAAGACUUUUAAAUUUCCAUUAUCAUUCAAUUUUGAGCAUUCGACUUUUUUACAUAUAAAGAUAAAUAUCGUUCUAUGAAAGGCAUCUUCGUUAUCCUCGUAUGGUGCAUAGAUUUGACAUAAAAAGAUACAAGGUUCCCUGCAAUACUUGCACAGAAGAUCCUUUUCUCCGGGUAUAUUUUUUAAAUCAAGCCAGGCUGGUUUACCGCCGACUUUGCUUGGGAAAAAUCUGCUCUUUAAUUGCCAAGAUUCGCAUUUUUCCACGAAACCUAAGUCUACCGUCAUUUUCUGAAUAGUUUCCCAAUUAGACAAAUGCGAGUCGUAAAUUGUAAAAAUACGAAGUUUAUUGCUGACAGCUCGUAAUUGCAGACGCGUGUGAUUCCCUUUUUUAUUAUUUUAAAUCGUACCACGUAACUCAAUAAAAUGUUACUAUAAAUAUUAGUAACAUUUAGUAUUAUCUGUUACAAAUUCACUAUGAAUAGUGAAAAUUAUAAUAUCAUAUAGAAG